UUGACAACUAAGGAACAAAACAAAAUAUUACAAAAACAAACCUUCGUCAGCGGUGAAAAGUAAUUGGAACUUUAUCUCUGGGGAGGAAAAAUCUUGAAAAUAUGUCUCGGGCAAAGGAUGAAGCUGGGACUCCUACAAAGAAGCUACGUUUUCGCGGAGAGUUAAACUUCCAUAGUCGUGUCGACGAAAUAUUCACGGACGAACACAAACGGUCCAGCGGUGGGAGUUCUGCUAAGGGAACUAAUACAAAACAAAAUGACGAGGACAAAGAGCAUAAGGAAAAAGAAGCAUCACCCUCGUUCAUGGACUUUUUCAAGGUCGAACUGACUCGAGGUUAUAUAUUGGAACACGAUGAGGAACGCUACACAGCAAGGCGUCAAAAAAUAUAUUCUUUUAUGCGCAUACCACGCGACCUGGAGCGUUUUAUUGUCUACGGCAUAAUGCAAUGUGCUGAUUCCUUUCUAUACAUACACACCUUUCUACCUGUGCGCUUCACUUUGGCUAUGUGGGGACUAUUUUCACGUCCAAUUGCAAGUUGCUUGGGAUUGCGAAGGCGCACUCAGCGUCUAUUGACGCCGGCGGAAAUUUGCGAUUUGCUGAAGGGUACAAUAUGGAUUGCAUGCACACUGCUGAUGCUGUCCGUAGAUACCAAUCGUAUUUACCACAUCAUUAAAUCUCAAUCCAUUAUAAAGUUGUACAUUUUUUAUAACAUGAUUGAGGUUGGAGACCGUUUGCUAUCCGCUUUCGGGCAGGACACAAUUGAUGCGCUAUUUUGGACAGCAACUGAACCGAAGAAUUCAAAGCGGGAACAUUUCGGACUGGUCCCGCAUAUUGUGUUUGCGCUUAUUUACGUUUUGCUGCACAGUUUCUUAAUUAUGUUCCAGGCUACUACAUUGAACGUGGCUGUGAAUUCAAAUAAUAAAGGUCUACUAACAAUUAUGAUUUCCAACAAUUUCGUCGAGCUAAAAGGAUCAGUGUUCAAGAAAUUCGACAAAAAUAAUCUUUUUCAACUGACUUGCAGUGAUGUGCGCGAACGUUUUCAUCUGUCGGUAUUGCUUUUCAUUGUAGUGAUACAAACCAUGAAGGAGUUCGAUUGGAGUAUGAGUCAGUUCUGUGUAAUGGUGCCCGACUGUAUUGCUGUGCUAGUUACGGAAGUGUUAAUUGACUGGAUAAAACAUGCUUUCAUUACACGCUUCAACGAGAUACCAGAGUACAUUUACCGCGAAUAUACUACCAGCUUAGCCUAUGAUAUGACUCAGACUCGACAGAAACAUGCGUUUUCGGAUCAUUCGGACUUGGUGGCGCGCCGUAUGGGCUUCAUUCCCUUCCCAUUGGGUGUCGUGCUAAUAAAAGCCAUAUAUUCGGCGGUCUCUUUCAAUAAUGUCGCGGCAUGGGUGCUAUUUGGAUUGGCUUGUAUAUUCGUAUUAGGCGUUCGCAUUUGUUUGACCAUCUGCGCUUUAGGUAAAGCCUGUAAACUAAUGAAGGAUCACCAAGAUGAAAAAAGUAAUUCUACACCCAGCUCCGUAACUAAUGCACCUCCGGUUGGUGGUAGCGGCAGUGCUACAGGUGCUAGUAAUGUCUUAAAUAGCGGGAAUAGUAUGGCUGGCUUUUCCACAUUAUCAAAUUCAACAGGUAGUUCACGAACGCGCGCCGAUACUGCUACAUCCCCCACACUUCCGACACACAGUCUUCAACGAUCGAUAACUAUAGAUCAGUGUGUUUUUGCGCCAACCGCUAAUAAUUCCACCUCUACGCCAAAGAAUCCGAAAGCAUCACAGAAAUCCACAAAUACGAUUGAUCCGAAUGAUGUCGAGUUGGAUGUGAAAAACUCGCUGGAAUUGGGUGCUACGGCACUCUUUUCCAACAGUGACGUAGACUUGGAUGAUGUGUGCCUUAAUGAGAAAGUGUUGGAAUCGAAUGCCAAUACCAAUGCUUUCGUUGAGGAAGAGUUGGCACGCAGUGAACCCGAACUUUUCCAACCGCAGCAGCGUGUUGAAAAUUCACUAAGUGCCAGCGAUGAUACGGUAAAGGAUGGUACUCAAAUGGAACGCCCGUGCGGCGUGCCGAAACGAACGCACAAACGUUCCGAGUCUGAGCCGAGCAUGCAGAGCAUUGUAGGCGUUAGCGAAACAGAUUCGCAGGCGUAGUGCGGGUGCAGUUAAUUUAAUUGUUUGAACUUUUGUAUUUUGUAUUUAAAAUGGUGAUGUCCUAUGAAUUGUGCAUUAGUCUGGUAAUUUAUAUUAUAUUAUGUUCAUUUUAUAUGCUUAUUCAGCACGAUAAUUUCGAUUGCUGCUCUUAUUUGCAGGUAAUAUAUUUUUAACAGUAAGAAACAAAAAAAGACCUUUAGCACAUAAAUAUUUUAAAUGUUUGUUAAUUUCGUAAAAUCUAAAGUUAAUGCUUAUAUUGCAUAUUUAUACACUUAAUUAUGUUCUUAUUAUACUCGCAAUGCUGACCUCAGCGAGAAGCAUAAGUGAAAUACUAGCAAAAUAAUGCAAUAUGGAGAUAUUUUGUGCUGAUAUUUGUACACUCAAUUAUGCCAUGCCUUAAGACCAUAAAAUUUGUUAAAUAAACUCACUACGAUAACAAAGUGUUUAUGAUA